CCAUGUUUACACAUAUGCCUUUCCUCCACUUUUAUAUUGGCAUGGCAGCCCUCCUUGCCCAUUCUUCCUCUAUCCCUUCCUCCCUCCCUCCCUCUCUUUACCUUGCCUUCCUCUCCUCCUUGCCACUCUAUGCCAACGGAGGCGCACUUGUUUUAUCCCUAUAACUAGUAAGCCCCCCGGACAGUGGAGCAGCAGGCGGGUAUAAGGUCCUUGAGGGCAGGACACCUGAGGGCAAUGAGCUCUGGAGGCGGCACGAACACGCUUGGCGGAUGCGGCGGCAGCGUCAGUGGUGGCCCUGGAGGAGGAGGAGGCGGCGGGCCGUGCGGCGCGUGCAAGUUCCUCCGGCGCAAGUGCGUGAGCGGGUGCAUCUUCGCGCCCUACUUCGACUCGGAGCAGGGCGCGGCGCACUUCGCGGCGGUGCACAAGGUGUUCGGCGCCAGCAACGUGUCCAAGCUGCUGCUCCAGAUCCCGGCGCACAAGCGCCUCGACGCCGUUGUCACCAUCUGCUACGAGGCCCAGGCGCGCCUCCGCGACCCCGUCUAUGGCUGCGUCGCCCACAUCUUUGCGCUGCAGCAGCAGGUGGUGAAUCUCCAGGCCGAGCUGACCUACCUGCAAGCCCAUCUCGCCACGCUGGAGCUGCCGUCCCCGCCGCCGCUGCCGGCCCCGCCGCAGAUGCCGAUGCCGGCGCCGUUCUCCAUCUCGGACCUGCCGUCGUCGACGAACAUCCCCACCACCGCCGACCUGUCCACGCUCUUCGAUCCGCCGCCGCAGCCACAGUGGGCGGCGGCCCAGCAGCAGCUCCACCACCAGCAACACCAGCAGCACCAGCUCCACCAACCGACGUCGUCGUAUGGCACGUCCGUCAGGGGCGGGUCCGGCAUGGCAGAUAGCUCGGCGGGCGGCGGAGACCUGCAGGCGCUGGCGAGGGAGCUCCUGGACCGCCACCGGUCCGGCAUCAAGUUCGAGCCGCCGCCACCACCACCGCCGCACUCAAGAUGAGAGCUUCAUCAAGCCGCACGAAACCAAUGGAUCGUUGGAGCGAGGUGAAGAAAGAGGGGUACCGUUGUGGAGGAGAAGGGUGAGUGGCAUGGACAGAGUUGACGCGCGGCAAUGACGAGAAAGAAAAGGGUCGGUGAUGGGCGAUGGCGAGAGCAGGGAGUAGGUAAGCAGCAUUGGCCGGUUUUCGCGUAUCCAUCUUGUUGUUAACCAGGGGUGCAAUGGCGCCCACUUAGUUGCUAUAUGCUCUAGUUUGGAUUUGCUCCAAGACAAAUCAAGAAGAGUACUGGGGAUCGAGAGUAGUACUAGAAUUGACAUGUAGUAGUAACAGAUCACCUUUGUCACCGUUCCAUUAAUCGCAAGAUUUUAAGAAAAGUUCUAUGGUUCUAGA